AUGGACGGCACAGCCGAUCCACCGCAGUCAAACACAACGCCGCAUGGACGACAGGCUGCAUGUUUGAACUGCCGAAGAAGCAAAAUACGAUGCAAGCGCAGCCGCGAGGGUACCUGCUGUGACAGAUGCAAACAAGCAAAUCUGGAAUGUAUCGUACCCAGUCACCAUCUUGGUAGACAAAAGGGUGUCAAGAACAAACGCAAAGGACUGGACAAAGCGUUACACCAAAUAGAGCAGGCGAUUAAGCGCCCCAAGACUGAUGCAGCAGGAUCCGAGGCUGCUCGGAAACUUAUCUCAGACCUGCAGGAUCUCCUUAGCAGGACACAAGGGCAUUCUGCACGGAGUGAGGUCGAGGAGACAUCAGAGGACUCUGAACGGUCACGGACGAGAUCUCCUCCGCAAGGUGCCACUGCUGGGGACAAUCUAGCAUUGGAUGACGCGGAGAAUCCAUUGCAACUUCUCGCCAGAGCCUCCGACCUCCAGUUUUCGCCCGCCGAAUGCCGUGACGCACCCAGAUUGUCCACUUCGUCUGUACCACCAUCGUCUCUCAGACCGCAUAGCAGCCCCAACGAGGACUUGCCAGUUGCCAGAUCUUUUUUCGUCCCAGUCAAGGCGAAGCUAGACCUCGGCCCGGACAUGGACCCUAUCGAACUGGGCCUGACUACUUUGCAUGAGGCGGAGUUACUUUUUUCUUUCUUCUACGAGAAUUUGGCCCACACGAGGUGGGGUCUGGAUCCGACUGUGCAUACUGUGUCAUUCGUACGCUCGCAGUCUGCCUUUCUUUUCACUUCAAUGCUGGCUGCAGCUGCCCGGUUUCACCCUUCUACAGCCGCCUUAUCCAGAAGACUAACGAGGCACUGUAAAUCACUGGCUUAUAAGGUCAUUGCUCAGCGUUAUCGAUCAGUGGAAAUUGUUUUGGCCUUCAUGGUAAACGUUCCAUGGAUGGCCCCAGGGAGCAGUUCUGGCGAUGAUGACACAUGCUCCUAUAUUGCAAUGGCUUUGACUGUUGCGUUGGACCUUUCUCUCAACAAGAUAGUGACAUCCUCAACUAGUUUUGAUAGUACUCUCCAGAGCAGGCUUGCGAAAGCUGAUUGCAUUGAUGCCAAGAGAGCCUUGCACAUGGACGGAUUCGAAGCUGUUGAUCUGGAUUCGGAAUGGGGCCGAAGAUUGUUACGUAGGCGCGAGAGGACUUGGAUCGCGUUAUUUGUCCUCGAGCGUGGUGUCUGUUUGGCCCGCGGACGAAGCUAUACAGUUCCCCCAACUGCUCUCAUCGAAAAUUGUGACAGAUGGCAUAUCUCUGAUAUUGCUGACUCUCGGGAUGGGUCGAUGAACUCCAUGGCUGUUCUCCGGAGGAAUUUAGAUGGACUCUUGAAAAAGGUAAAAUCGCGUUGCGACAGUUGCCGACUUGGGGACAUCGGAUCUGAAGCUGCUCAGUCGAUCAAGAACCUUAUUGAAGACUUCUAUGAUCAAUGGUAUGCGGCUUGGGCUCUUGAGAUUGGUGGACCCUCCCGCUGCCUUCCACCGUAUGUUGAGAUAUUGGUAACACACACGCAACUGUCUACAUAUGGUGGCGUGAUCAAUCAUCCCACAGCACCACUCGAAGUCAAGCGAUUUUUCCGCGCUGCUGGCCUCUCUUCUGCAUUGAAUGUCAUGCGGGCAGCCAUUCAAGGAGAAUCGCGGCUAAAGUCCAUGCCCAACAAUACAGUGAUCAUGAUCGCCUUCGCCGCAUGUUCUGCCCUUAGCCUCAGUGUGACGCCAGCGGACAGCAGGUCCAGCUUGGCACCGAGUGUGCGACAUUUGAUUGAGGAAACCGCUGAUGUCCUCGAACGGAUUGGCGCCAUCCCAGCUCACAGAGAAGGUGCAUCUGUCUUGUAUGGACGACUACUACGAGAGCUUGUUAGACGUGCUCAUGUCGGCUCUGUUUCUCAGAAACAUAUCGAAUCAGCCCCGGUAGAGUCCUUACAGUCCUCCUCUACCUUGAGCGAUUACUGCCCCUUACCUUCAGUGACACAACCACCAAUAGAUCCCUCUACGCUAUGGCCGGAGACGCUACAAUUCUCCGCGAUGUCUGAUCACCAAAUCAUCGAUGCAGUGAACAGGGCUGACUCGGCAUUCGGCAUGAAUAUUCCUGACGUCCCACUGGAUGAUCUGAUGAACUGGGAUUGGUUCGACUUUGCCAAUGCAGCCGACCUGGGUUUCGACCAAUAA